AGUCUACGCGGAAGUAGCUGCGCAAUGGAGCACACUGCCAGUUGUAAAGACCAGUCUAUAAAGACGGGGUUCUUUAACUGUCUGACGGAGGCGUACCGAUGUUUUCUUGCGGGAACGUGUCCUGAACAAAGUGCUGCCGAUGUGGCGAGCAUGAUAUAUUCCGGGUUUCGUGGACUAGUGCCCGGUAAAGACAGAGAGGGUUCUCCUCUAGAAUACUGCAAUGAAAACAUUGCGGAGCGGACGUGCAUUAUGUCUUUCGUAGAGAGGAUUUCCUCCAGUUUGACGUCUCAGGCCCUGCCUCCAGAUGUGACGUUUUAUUGCGUGGAAGUCCUGAAGGUGUUGUUUGAAGACAUGGAUCUUAUGCCAUAUCUUGUCUACCAGUUCCAGGCUGAAGACCACAUUAUCUCACAUCUGGCAGCAAAGACAGCAUCAAAGUGUGUUUACUACCUUAUCCACAAAUCUGGAACCAUCAGUCCUGUCUGGCAGAAGAAAUGCGAACAGACAUUUCAGAGCUCACCUCCCGGUCUUGAAUUAGACGCCUGUCUGUGGUCAUUGACUGAUGUCUCCAAAAAUCUGCUUAAAGGAGCUCAUCGAGAGUUUGUGAUGACACUUCUGGCAGGUUUUGACAGCAGCCUGAGUGCUUUAUGUUCAAAACUGUUUCCUGAGGAGAAGAAAGAGAUGUCACAGUGUGUGGUGGAUUUCACCAGAAGUGCACACUGGGGAACAACAUUCUGCCUAAUGCUGGACCUGCUGGAGGUGCUGACUACUUCCAGUUUAGUGUGUGGACCUGGUUCCUGUUUGAAGAGUCAGAGACUUACUUACCAUCACUCCUUGGCCCUCCUAACCAUCAGCUGCUCCUCAGAGUAUUAUGUGAAAAAGCGAGUGCUACUUUUUCUAAAGAGAGCUGUCCUUCAGAAGGUCGGAGAGGACUGGACUUCGGGGGUGAUGGCAUCGACUCAGCUGAGAUGUGGAAACUGGAGUUCUGAUAUGAGCAUGCUAGCUCAGACUGUGUUAGCAGCUGCUGAUAAUUGGUUACAGAGUGUUCAAGUGGAGUCUGCUGCUUUCUUUGGAGGAACGAGACACAUCGUGGGAGAUGAAAGUCCGAACUCAGAUUGUGUCGUGCUGAGAGCUGUCAGCCUGAUUCUUCUUAAGUCCAUCGAGAUUCACAUCCAAACAGCUGCAGGAUCAGGAAUGGACACUGCCACAAAGGUUCAUGCAUCUCUGCAGAGUUUGUGGGGCUUCCUGAGACGGUGUAGUUUCAGACUGAGAGAGGUCACUCACCUCUGCUGCUGGAUCAGCCUGCUGUUUGGAGAGCAAGAUGAUGACAUGAUGGAGGCAGCCAGAGCGCUGCUCUUCAUAUUUCUGCAUUACAGACUGAGUUCUGGGCUGGAUGAAGCUGCAGCGUUGGAGGCAGCCUGUGCGUCUGGCUUCAACCCUCAUUGCCACUUUGUGUUUCUGCUUCAGAGCAUCUCCUUUGACCACAGCAUCCUCCUUGACUUUCUCAUCUCAGCUGAAACCUGCUUUCUGGAGUACUUUGUGCAGUACUUGAAAUACCUCAGAGAUGACUGGCAGGGGUUGAAGGCAGCAUGUGGAGGCAUCACUGUGUCAGCCUUGUGUGGUGACAAAAGGUUGACACUGAAAGAUAAAGGUGAGCCAGAUCAAGUGGAAUCUGGUUCCUGUGUCCAGCGCUCAGACGUCAGUCCACCAGGGGAGCGCUUCUGUCUGCCUGCGGAGCUUCGCCUUGUAGACUAUGAGAGCUCUGAUGAGUCUGAUCCUGAGAACACACAGGAUCCUGAGGUUCAACUAGUGGCGUCCGUAUGUGAGAAAAGCACAUUUACUUCCUUGAAUGUGAACCAGUGUGAGUCAACACCAGCCUCACUGACUGAACCCAACUCCACCCUGGAAACAAGAGCAGAAAGGUUAUUACAGUCACAUAGUGAGCAAACAUCAUGCACAAACAUGUCACCUCUGUCAUGGCAGCUCACAGGUGAGAUAUCAGUCAAAGCCGUCCUCUGUCUGUCAGAGCUCAGAGAGGUGGUGAUGAGGCUGCACACAAAGAAACUUUUCCCAUAUAACCCUUCUUCACUCUUCAAGCUGCUCGCACAAGUAGAGAGCUGCUACCAGAAAUCAUCACAGUUCAGUAAAUCAUGAAGAUCAAUCAUUUUGUUUGUUUUUUGAUGACGUUCUGGAAAUAUACAUAUUUGGUUUUUGUUUUUUAAUGAAAAGAAUUAAAUAAAACUCUUUGCCACAGUCAUUACCAAAAAUGGGUGAUUAUAAAGGUAAUGUGAAUAACAAAUGUCUGUAUAAAAUGGGUACCGAGAGUUUCAUUUGAACUUGAUCUUCCCUCCACAGUACAUGCUUCCAACACCACUCGGGCUCAUCUUGGUCUAAAUUCUUUCUGUUGACUCUCAGUCAUGUCCCUACAGCCAUACUGCAAAACACAAAGGUGCACUUAAAACUACAAUUCUGUUCAUUUAUGAUUAGUUGGCCAAAUAUCUGUUAAU